AGAAUGGGAAUUUAGCCCACUUUGGCCCAAAGAAUAAACAAAGCAAAAAGAAGCCCAAAGGGGACUAGAUAGGACUAGAUAAUGGGAAUUUAGCCCAGAGAAGAGGAAAACAGCCCACUUUAGCCAAAGAAUAGAGAAGAGUAAAUCAGCCCAAGGCCCCAUCAAAGAAUAGGGUUGGCAUAUAAAAUCUCCACUUCGCUAAACCCUUGGCAUUCCUCCGCCACCCAGCUGCAGAUUGGCUCUUUAGGGUUUCUUCACUUUCAGGAAGCGGAGCCUCUGAUCCCAACUUUAGCUCAAAAGAUGUCUGGAGAAGAAGUUGCAGUUGCCCAACCCGAGGCAGCACCUAUUCUUGGUGAGCCAAUGGACAUCAACACAGCUUUGCCCCUUGUGGUGAGGAAGUCACAAGCUCAUGGUGGGCUUGCACGUGGCUUACAUGAAGCUGCCAAGGCAAUUGAAAAGCACAAUGCACAUCUUUGUGUUUUAGCCGAUGACUGUGACCAGCCAGAUUAUGUUAAGCUGGUCAAGGCACUCUGUGCUGAUCAUAAUGUUAAAGUGCUACGUGCUCCUAGUGCAAAAACUCUUGGCGAGUGGGCUGGUUUGUGUAAGAUAGAUUCUGAGGGGAAAGCACGGAAAGUUGUCGGUUGCUCUUGUGUAGUUGUGAAGGAUUAUGGCGAACAACAUGAGGCUGUUGAGGUUGUUCAGCAGCACAAGGAUUAAGCAAUUGGUAGAAUUAGAGUUUUUUUUCCUGGUCAUUCAUGAUAUUUAGUAAACGACAGUAAUUUGCUUGAUCAUUUUUGUUUUAAAAAAGUUGUUGCAAUGCCAAACUGCUUGGUGUUUCUUAUGUUUGCUACCUUUUUCCUUUUAAAUGAUGUGCUUAGGACGUGGCAAACCCUUUGGAAAUCCAACAAUUUUAUGUGA